AUGGCUUUUGGUCUUUCAGGCAAUGGUGCCUCCUCUUCGGAACCCUCCCCACGCGGGAGCAAUGAAAAGAAGCACCCAGUCGGUAACGAAAAGUCGGUACUCGCUGGAGGCGGCGCAGAUAUUGAGACUGGUUCAACAGGCGAAGGCCUGAGCCGCGACCUUCAUGGCCGCCAUCUUCAGUUCAUUGCUAUCGGUGCUGCUCUGGGGACCGGUCUUUUCCUGGGUAUCGGCUCCACCUUGGCUGAUGCCGGUCCUGGCUCGCUGCUCAUCGCGUUCCUUUUUGUUGGCCUCAUCGUCUACUCGGUCAUGGUCGCUCUUGGUGAAAUCGCCUCGUUUCUCCCGGUUGCUGGUAGCUUCACCGUAUACGCCGGGCGCUUUGUCGACCCCACGCUCGGUUUCUCCAUGGGCUGGAUCUACUGGUUCAGCUGGGUCAUCACUUUUGGUCUCGAGCUUACUGCCGCUGGUCUAAUCAUCCAGUACUGGGAUGAGAAACUCAGCAUCGGUAUCUGGAUCGCCGUUUUCUGGUUUAUUUUCACGGCUGCCAACUUCUUGCCGAUCCGCUGGUUUGGAGAAGUUGAGAUGUGGCUGUCCAGUAUCAAGGUCGUCACCGUGGUGGGCUUUGUCAUCUUCUCGAUUUGCGUCAAUGCGGGAGUCGGAGAGGAAGGCUAUAUCGGCUUCAAGUACUGGCGCGAGCCUGGUGCUUUUGCGGAGCACAUUGUCACUGGCAGCACUGGCAAGUUUGUGGCUUUCUGGGCCACGCUCAUCACUGCCGGCUUCAGUUUCCAGGGUACAGAACUAGUUGCUGUCGGCGCGGGUGAGACAGCGAACCCACGCAAGACGAUUCCUUCGGCGAUUCGAUGGACAUUCUGGGGUAUUUUCAGCCUUUUCAUCGCCACUGUGUUCUUCGUCGGUAUCAACGUCCCCUACGACGAUGAAAGGCUGGCGAGCGACAAGCAGGACGCUAGUGCGUCGCCUCUGGUCUUGGUUGCGGUGCGCGCUGGUAUUCGGGUUUUGCCUGACAUCAUAAAUGCUGUCCUGCUCACCGCCGUCUUGUCUGCCGCCAACUCGGACCUGUACUCAAGCAGUCGUAUUCUUAUCGGCCUUGCCGAAGAUGGCCAUGCACCCAGGAUCUUCAAGCGCACCAACAAGUGGGGGACACCGUACCUUUCGGUUGCAUUCUGCUGCCUGUUCGGCUUCUUGGGCUUUCUCAACCUCAGCCAGAAUGGCGCAACGGUCUUCAAGUGGUUGCUCAACAUCACGUCGGUUGCAGGCUUCAUCACCUGGUCGCUGAUCAACGUCUGCCAUAUUCGAUUCAUGAAGGCGCUCAAGGCACAGGGUAUUGACCGCAGCACCCUGCCAUAUGUCGCGCCACUCCAGCCGUACCUGUCGUGGUUUGGUCUCUUUUUCAAUGUUCUGAUCAUCAUCACGAGUGGCUUCACAGUGUUCAUGAAGUGGAACACGAGCGACUUCUUUGCCGCAUACGUCAGUGUGCUCAUCUUUGUGGUGUUCUAUGUCGUCCACAAGCUGGUAUACCGCACCAAAGUUGUGCCUUUGAUGGAGGUUGAUUUGCAAAAGGGCCGAUCCGAGUAA